AUGUCGUCGCGUGGAAAAUACCGUGCCAAAACGUUGAAGGAAAAAGUGGAAAUUCUGCGGGAAGUGGAUGCAGGGAAGCAGAGUAAGAAUGAAAUUGCCAAAAAGCACGAUAUACCGAGAAGCACGCUGUCGACCUACAUCCGCAAUAAGAAGACUAUUGAGGACUCAUACGCGGCUGAAACUUUCGCCAAGGAUCGAAAGAGAAUUCGUACAGCAAAGCACCCGGACCUGGAGGCAGCGUUGCUCGCAUGGAUUAAGGAAAAGCGGAGCCAGGAUAUCUCAUUGAGUGGCCCCAUCAUUGUAGCGAAGGCGGCUGAUUUCGCGCUACGUCUGAACGUCUCCGACUUCGCUGCUUCGGACGGGUGGUUUCACCGCUUCAGGGACAGACACGACCACGUUUUCCGCAGUGUAUGCGGCGAAGCCAAAGCCGUAGACGCGGAAACCUGCACCGUGUGGCGGAAUGGUGCGCUACUAGACCACCUGAACAGGUACGCACCAUCCGAUAUUUUUAAUGCCGACGAGACCGCCUUGUUUUUUAAACUCUUGCCGGACAAAACGAUCACCUACAAGGAGGACGUGUGCGCAGGCGGCAAACGUUGGAAAGAGCGGGUGACGGUGUUGCUCGGGGCCAAUAUGAGUGGAACCGAGAAGCUCCCCCUAUUUGUGAUAGGGAAGUCGCAAAAGCCUCGAUGUUUUAAGAACAUCCGCACGCUGCCGGCCGACUAUGUAGCAAAUAAGAAGGCCCGGAUGACGGGCGAGCUUUUCAAGCAGUGGCUGAGGAAACUCGACCGAAAAUUUGAGCUCGGCAAGAGGCAGAUUCUCCUCCUCGUCGACAACUGCUCGGCGCACAAGGUGGAAGUCGAGUUGAGAGCCAUUGAGCUGGUUUUUCUUCCGGCUAACACCACUGCGGCUCUUCAGCCUAUGGAUCAGGGCGUUAUAAAAGUUUUGAAAAGCUUUUAUAGACGCCACGUUCUCGAGAAGUUGCUCCUGUGCUCCGAUAAUGAGAAGAGCUACACCGUCACUCUGCUCACAGCCCUGCACAUGCUUGUGCGUGCCUGGAAUCAGGUAACCACAGAAACAAUUGCGAAUUGUUUCCGGCACUGUGGUUUCGGAGUCCUUAACGCAGACGCAAAUGAAGUUGAAGAGUAUGUCCGCGCUCCGGUUCAUGUACGGGAGGUGCUCGGUGAUGUGGACUUCGGCGACUACGUGAAUGUCGACAGCUACGCGGCGGUGUGCGGUGCCGUGACCGAUGAUGAAAUCAUCGCCCAAGUCGUCGGCGAAGACGAAAACCCAGCCGUGGACGAUGACGACACGAAUGAUGAAGAUGAUGACGAUGAUGUUGGUGAAACACCGGUACAACCUUCGUUGGCACAGGUGAUGGACGGACUAAAUCACGCCCGGCUUUUCUUCAGUUUCGAAGAAGGCGAAGACGAUGCUUUCCGGCUCAUUCGAGCUCUGGAAGAUAAAGCGGCAGCAUUCGCUUUCAGAGGCAAAAAGCAGAAAACCAUUACGGACUUUUUUUGCAAAUAA